AUGCGCUCGAGCAUUGCUUGCUCCCGCUGCCGGCGGAGCAAGAUCAAGUGCGUCAACGCGGGCAUCGACACCACCUGCCGGGCGUGCGAGUCUUCAGGCCGCGAAUGCCUCUAUCCCACCCCGGCCACCGGCACCGCUGGCGCUGCCGCCGCCGCCAAACGAGACCUGGCUGCCAUGGCCGACGGCGACGAGCGCAACGGCGGCUGGGAGAGCCCCAAGCGCCACCGUUCACGCAAAACCGCUGCCGCCGUCGCCAACGCCAAAGACGUCAAGGCGAGCAGCGGCCCUCCCGUCCUGGACGCCGCGCUGCUCACCGUCAAGGUCUGGGAGAGCCUCUUUGACCUGUUCCAGCUGCACUUUGCUACCAUUCUACCCUUUCUACAUCCCACCACCUUUCUCUCGCAGAUCCGACAGCUGUCCGCCAACCCGACGCCCACCGCCGACACCAACCCCAACCAGCAGCAGCAGCAGCAGCAGCAACCCGCCAGCAGACACUCCCAGAGCCCCGCGCCGCGAUCAGAGCCGUCUCCCCUGAUCCUCCUGGGCGUCCUGGCCCUCACGGCUCGCUUCCACCCGCAGCUGGCCCAGCAUCACUCGCCCUCCUCGCCCGUCAGCCCGUGCAACCCCCUCGCCGCCUCGGAAUUCUACGCCAACGCUCUGCGCGCCCGCCUCGUCGGCAACGACGGCUCCGAGCUCGCAGUCACGGACAUCAGCCGCGUCCAGGGCCUGCUGAUGCUCGGCCUGCACGACUGGGGCAUGUGUCGCGGCACCAACGCGUCCAUCUACGUCGGCAUGGCCGUCAGGCUGGCCCAGGCCAUGGGUCUGUCCCUUGAGCCCGAGCAACAUAGCGACCGCUUCUCGCGCCGCAGCUCCAUGCACUCGACCCUCGACCAGCGGGAUCCAAACAACUCCGACGACGUCAUCGAGCAGGAAACCAAGCGCCGCACGUUCUGGAGCUGUUUCAUCCUCGACCGGUGUCUUAGCGGUGGCCGCCUCCGCCCGCGGAUGAUCAAGGUGCGGGAUGUGGGGAUCCAGCUGCCGAGCGACAAUGCGUUUGCGUUUGGGGAGCGGGUGCGCACCUCGCGGCUGAGCGAGAAUGCCGGUAACCGCCGAUCGCAGAGCUUUGAGCCUCGCGUCGUCAUGCCCGUUCCCGGGGUGCGCCAGCACGCCGCCGUCGACGACUUGAAACUGCGCGCGAACGGCAUGGCGAAUGACCCGAAGCAGUGGUCGAAUGCCAGCCAUCGCAGCGACGGAGCGGAAAAUGGAAUCGACCGCUGGGAGGUGGGUGCCGAAGAAUGUGUUUUGAGCCGAUUAAUACGGAUUCUACGCAUCUGGGGCAGCAUUGCGAAAUGGUCUUGCGCUGGUGGGCGAAGAUUUGAUCAGUAUCCUCCGUGGCAUCCCGAAUCGCAGUUUCACCGGCUCAAGGAGCUGCUCAUCGAGUUUCAAGAAGGCCUACCGCGCAACCUACAAUACAGCGCCCGAAACACCGAUACUCACAUCAUGUACAAGAACACCCUGGCUCCGUAUUCGCUUAUGCACAUCAUCUACUUUCUCUCCGUCAUCGUCCUCCACCGGCCAUAUCUCCAGUUCCUACCUCUACGCGCGAUGGACCCGCAGGGACCGCUGGACGAGCCAUCCUUUCCGCCCGACCGGUUCCAUGUUCCCGACGGUUUCUGGAGAGACGUCGCCCGGGAAGUGUUCCGCGCCUCGCGCCAUCUGAUCGAGCUGGUCAAGACUUGCGACGACCGUGGUGUCCUGAUGGAGACGCCGCUGGUUGGGUUCGCCAUCUACAAUGCUGCGUUCGUGGGCGUCUACGCGGCUCACUUUAGCCACAUGGACCAGGAAGGUUACAUCUGCUCCAAGUCCAGCUCCACCGACAUCAUGCCCGGCCUCGGCGGUCAGGGGCAGGCGGAGAUCCGCAAGGCGAUCGAAAUCCUGGGGGCGAUGAGACCGCGGCUCCCGAUGGCUGUGGGUUGGUUCCGCACCAUUCACCGGCUGCACACGUACUUUGCAAAGGCGAGACAGGACUACCAGCGGACGGCACGGAAGCUGGAGGCGCCCAGCUGCAAUGAAAAUAGUAAACUGGCGCCCGGUGGGAAUCCGGACGAGCUGAGAUUGCUGGAGAAGCUGCUGUCCGACAUGGGCGUUGCAGAGGAUCAGGCACCGGAUGCAAACGGCGUCAGCGAUGAGCCUGUUGCGCCCCCUGUCAACGGCGCCGAACACAACGGCAGCGAUGCCGCAAGCAAUCACGUCAAGAGCGAAGCUGGCGACGCGGCAGAGGCAAACAGCGACAAUCUCCCUCGGCGCGAACCCUGGGUGCCAGUCAACGGCUCGUCGCACGAACCAAGAGAACCGGACCGGCACGAUGGCACCGUCCUCCGCCCCAUCGAAGCCGAGCGCUGGGCCAAUCUCCCAGGCCCUCCAGCACCGCCGUCAUACAACCUGCCCUCCAUCCACCACCACAGCCUCCCACCAGCUUCCGGCGCGCCUCCACACCCAGCGUCGGGCGUAUACGCCUCCUCGCCGGCACCCGCUCCGUAUCUCCCCUCGACAAACCGCCUGCAGCCCCUUCACCCCUGGCCCAGCGCCCGCCAGCCACCACCUCCUCCAUACUCACAAUCCCUUCCCGCCCUCAACGCCGCCGCGCAGCAAAACUUCCCCAUGCCCCCUCUUGCCACCAUGCCGCCCCAUGCGCCCCCGCCGGCGCUCCAGCUCCAUCAUCACCACGCGCACCUCACGCCGUCGCGCAUGAUGUCCCCGCUUCCUCCUGACUUGUGCACGAGCGCGGCGUGGGUGGGCAGUCUGGGCGGCGACGAUGUGAUUGCGUUUAUGGACGGGGAGGGCGUGGAGAAGUGGUCGAGGGGAGCGGCGAUGGCGCAGGCUGGUGUGCAGAGUGGAUGGUUGACGAUGAUUUGGGAUGGUUAUGGCCACUGA